AUGAGGCAACGAAGUGAGAAUCACGAGGGAGAAAUGGAACUGUCAAAAACAACGAUAAGGGGCCUGGAGAAUGUACAAGAUCCCAAUUUAAUAAGCGACGAGAUUUUCCUGCAACUUUUAGAAAUUGUCUGUACUAAUUUACUUCGUAAAAUUGAUGGCAAAAAUAUCGAGAACAUCUACGGAUCCAAGCCCGAUGUGAUCAAAUCCGCAUAUGCUGAUUUAUCGAGUCUAUUUGUUGAAGCAGCCAGACACAAACUUGAUUCUGAAAAUUUUUCAACUUUUCUUCACACUGCCAAAAUUUUUGGCCACAGAGCUGAAAAGCUAAGCGAGUAUUAUGAGAAAUACAGGGAUUUCAUAGUUGCUCAAUUGUCACAAAUUGGCGAUGGUCUCCCAUGCAUUGUUGAUGUUGACUGGCGCUUGGAUUAUUGUGUCAAGUCGAGUACAAACAACUUGAUGGGAGAGUGUCUGUACAAUGUACGUUUGGUAACGAAAAAGCAUGGCAAACUCGAUGACGUACAGUUUGCUUGUACGAUACAGGAGCUGCAAGAUUUGGUUUACAAAUUAAAGGAGGCUGUGAGACACGUCGAAAAAAUCGGCAGUGCUUGAAAAGAAGAUACGUAAUUGAAUAGAGGGCAAGAGGGACGAAGGAUUGAAUUUGAAAAACCAUUCGCGUACAGGUGCAUUCAGUUAUAUUUGUUGCAUGAAAGAGCAAAAAACAUCGCCUAAUUCCACGUAAAGAUAUCGAUAUAAUUAUUAAUAUAUAUUUAUUUAUAUAUAUAUAUUUAUAUAUAAUAACUGAUUAAAAAUACAUUAUUCUCCGCCCUCCUGUCAGCCAAA